GGGACCAUGAACUGGGAGGUGUUCAAAGGGCUCCUCAGCGGGGCCAACAAGUACUCCACAGCCUUCGGCCGCAUCUGGCUCUCCCUCGUCUUCAUCUUCCGCCUGCUGGUCUACGUGGUGGCGGCCGAGCGGGUCUGGAGCGACGACCACAAGGACUUUGACUGCAACACGCGGCAGCCGGGCUGCACCAACGUCUGCUACGACCACUUCUUCCCCGUCUCCCACAUCCGCCUCUGGGCCCUGCAGCUCAUCCUGGUGACCUGCCCGUCCCUCCUGGUCAUCAUGCACGUGGCCUACCGGAAGGCCAAGGAGCAGAGGCACCGCUCUGCCGGCAGGGACGACCACCGCUGCACGUACCCUGACCCUGGCAAGAAGCGGGGGGGGCUGUGGUGGACCUACCUGCUCAGCCUCGUCUUCAAGGCCGGCGUGGACGUGGUCUUCCUCUACAUCUUCUACCGCUUCUACAGGAACUACACCCUGCCCCGGCUGGUGAAGUGUGAGCUGCCCCCCUGCCCCAACGUGGUGGACUGCUUCAUCUCCCGGCCCACCGAGAAGAGCAUCUUCACCCUCUUCAUGGUGGUCAUCACCUGCAUCUGCAUCGUGCUGAGCCUCGUCGAGGCCACCUACCUCAUUGGCAAGCGGUGUCACGAGUGCCUCCUGGCCAGCAGCGGGGGCAGCCGCCGGCACAGCCAGGACGGUGCGCUCUCCCACGCCGAGCCCACGGGCACGGCCGGGCAAGUUUUCCACGGGGUGGACUACAAACCUGCUACAGCCUCCAUCCCCACCACGGCCUCCAGCCCUGGCACGCUGCCCGAGGAGGAGACGCUUCCCUAG